CCCCGGAAUCCCCGGGCCGGCGGUGGCGGCGGCUGUGGCGAUUCUAGAUGGGUUGGCGGGGCCCUGGAACGGAGGGCUCUGCGUAGGCCAUGGCGGCCCCAGGGGGGCCCGUGAAGUCCGUCGACGGCGAGUUCGCGGAUGAAUGGUGCGACAGUGGCCUCGGGUCUCUGGGGCCCGAUGGGCUCGGGGCCUCGGGGGAGGACGCCAAAGCCGGGGCGGACGAGAACGAAGACGAGGAACUGGCGAGCUGGGCGCCGGAGGUGUUCGGCUAUGUGACGGAGGACGGGGACACGGCCUUGCACUUGGCAGUGAUUCACCAGCAUGAGGCCUUCCUCGACUUCCUGCUGCAUUUCACAGCAGGGACGGAAUACCUGGACCUUCAGAAUGACCUGGGCCAGACAGCUCUGCACAUAGCAGCCAUCCUUGGCCAAGCUGCCUUAACUCAGAAACUCCGGGCUGCUGGUGCUGGGCUCUGUGUGGCCGAGAGAGGGGGACACACGCCCCUGCACCUGGCCUGCCGGGCUGGGGCUCAUGCCUGUGCCCGGGCCCUUUUGGGGCCCCCUGAGGGCCAGACCACUGAUGGGGAAGAUGAAGAGGAAGAUGAGCAUGAGAGACUGGAACAGCUGGAGUGCACCAACUACCAGGGCCACACACCACUCCACCUGGCUGUGAUCUACAAGGACAUGGAGAUGGUUCAGCUUCUCCGGGAAGCAGGGGCUGAUCUCAACAAACCAGAACCCACAUGUGGGCGGAGUCCCCUCCACCUGGCUGUGGAGGCAGAGGCAGCAGAGGUCCUGGAACUGCUCUUGGAUGGGGGUGCAGAUCCCAAGGCUCGAAUGUAUGGAGGCCGGACCCCGCUGGGGAGUGCCACGCUUCGGCCAGACCCACUCCUUGCCCGUCUCCUGCGGGCUCAUGGAGCCCCAGAGCCCGAGUCUGAAGAUGAAGACGACUAUAGCCCCCGGGGUAGCGACAGUGAUGAAGGGGAUGAGUAUGAUGACAUCGUGAUCCACGGGAGCCGGAGCUGAGACUGACGCCACCUUCCUCCUCCCUCUUCCCACCUGCCAGGUCUCUGGCCAGACUCAUUUUCUUUCUUUUUUGUAGAAAAGCCUUAACUUCAAUAAAACCCUGGUUCCUCUGACUGGAGUGGCCAGAAAUCUGGGUUGGGCUCCAGAAACAGACCAGCCGGGAGGAAGGCUG